CGGUGAGAGGAGAAGAAAAAAAAACAAUGUGCGACCUGAUGCCAGCCUCCCAACCCGCGGAGAAAAUCGGCAAAAUGAAAAAGUUAAGAAGAACUUUGUCCGAGAGUUUCAGGAGUAUUGCUUUCAAGAAAGAGGACAGCGGCUUUGAUGAGAUAUGUGUCACAAAGAUGUCCACACGCAGCUGCCAGGGAACGGACUCGGUCAUCAAGCCCCUGGACACCAUCCCUGAGGACAAAAAGGUGAGAGUUCAACGCACGCAGAGUGGCUUCGACCCGUUUGAGAAGCCCGCCAGCCAGGUGAAGAGGGUCCACUCCGAGAACAAUGCCUGCAUCAACGCCAAGAGCUCGUCCGCCGGCAAGGAGUCACCCAAACUGCGCCGACACUCCAGCCCAAGUUCUCCUACAAGCCCCAAGUUUGGAAAGGCUGAUUCCUAUGAAAAGCUGGAGAAACUGGGAGAGGGUUCAUAUGCCACAGUUUACAAAGGCAAAAGCAAGGUGAAUGGGAAACUGGUCGCUCUGAAGGUGAUUCGCUUACAGGAGGAAGAAGGAACACCUUUCACAGCUAUAAGAGAAGCAUCUCUCCUGAAAGGCCUGAAGCACUCCAACAUCGUGCUCCUGCAUGACAUCAUCCACACCAAGGAAACCCUGACUCUGGUCUUUGAAUAUGUGCAUACAGACCUCUGUCAGUACAUGGACAAACAUCCUGGGGGUCUCCAUCCAGACAAUGUGAAGCUGUUCCUGUUCCAGUUACUGAGAGGUCUGUCCUACAUCCACCAGAGGUACAUCCUUCACCGUGACCUGAAGCCCCAAAACCUGCUCAUCAGUGACACUGGAGAGCUGAAACUGGCUGAUUUUGGUCUGGCCAGGGCCAAGUCGGUCCCCAGCCAUACCUACUCCAACGAGGUGGUGACCCUGUGGUACCGGCCUCCAGAUGUCCUGCUGGGAUCUACAGACUAUUCCACCUGCCUGGACAUGUGGGGGGUGGGCUGCAUUUUCAUUGAGAUGAUCCAAGGAGUGGCUGCCUUUCCUGGGAUGAAGGACAUCCAGGACCAGCUGGAGAGGAUAUUUCUGGUCAUCGGCACCCCAUCUGAGGAUUCCUGGCCUGGCGUUAACUCAUUGCCUCACUUCAAACCAGAUCGCUUUACAGUGUACAGCGCUAAGAAGCUGAGACAAGCGUGGAAUAAGUUGGGCUACGUGGACCACGCUGAGGAGUUGGCCUCCAGGUUCCUCCAGUGCUUCCCAAAGAGCCGGCUGUCAGCUCAGGCAGCGCUGAACCAUGAAUACUUCAGCAACCUUCCUCCACGGCUCUGGGAGCUGCAGGACAUGUCUUCUAUCUUCACCGUACCAAACGUCAAGCUGCAGACAGAGAGCGGGGACAGCAUACAGGUGUGUGCACGAAGGAACAGUCAUGGGAAGGCGUCCUCUGGCAGCAAACACUGA